AUGACAUCAAUAGCAUCUGUUCCUCAAACAGCUCGACAACUUAGAGCAUGUCUCGUGUGUUCACUUGUUAAGCAUUCUGACCAGUUUCGCCGUGAAGGUUGCGAUAAUUGUGAAUCAUUCUUACAGCUUAGACUUCAUCCAGAAAGACUUUCAGAAUGUACUACUACUUCCUUUGAUGGUUUAAUUGCUAAUAUAAACCCGGAAUGUUCAUGGACUGCUAAACACAAGAAAAUAGAUCAAUUUGUUGUAGGAGUUUAUGCAGUAGGAGUAAUGGGUAGUAUUCCUGAAUGGGUAGAAGAUGAAAUGUCUCGUCGAGGUAUUCAUUAUAUUCCUAGAGAUGGUUCUUAUACAACAAAUACUAAUUCAAGUCAAUAA